AAGGCAUAUCAUUUUGGUAAUCGUUAUUUCUGUGGAUUGAGCCAACUAAGUCAACGCCACUCAAGCAACAAACGGGGCCAGUCUAUAAAAAGCUGAUGACACUCUGAUAUUUGUUGAAAUUCACAGAACUUGCACAACAUGUUGAAUCAUAAACUGCUCAACUGCGCCUGCUUCCUACUGUUCCUCGGUCUGGUCAGUGCCAUAGACCCCGUCCUGCUGAAGCACGUCAAUCAACAGAAUCUCGAUGGUGCAGGCCAGUACAAGCAUGAGAUUGAGGUGGACAAUGGCAUCAAGACAUCCGCCCAGGGCAAUGUGAAUGGUAUUCAAGGUGAAUACUUUUUGCCCGCCGAGGAUGGUCAGCCUCCCGUACGAGUCACCUACACGGCCGAUUCUACCGGAUUUCAUCCACACAUCAAUUAAACUUGCUUACGCAUAAAUAACCCCAUAUUUGCAGUCUUCUCACAACCAAUUCAUUCGAAAUAUGGCUUCCAAAAUUAUCUGAAUCUUAAAACCUUUGUUAAAGCUUAAAUGCUUAAAGUGCUUAACUAAUCUAAAUUUAAAAAAAAAACGUAAGUUGAAAGGAAAUUAGACUUUACUUUAAAUGCAAUAAAAAAUAAAAA